ACCAGGAUUGGAUCGGUGUGUGUCUCUCUCUCUCUCUCUCUCUCUCUCUCUCUCUCUCUCUGUGUGUGUGUGUGAAGCGUUUAUAGUGCCGCACCCUGUCCUCUGUGCGUAAAACCUCCCACGUACACCAUCAUCACACACCGCGUUUCAUUCUUCCAGCAUCUCGGGACGAGCGGAGGAUAACGGUUCACCUCGCGGACAGGUUGGGCACAGAUAUGGGAGCGGAGCGGCGGCUUUUCUGCCUAUGACACGGACGCACCGGGAGGGAAGGAUGGCUCUAUCCAGCCGGGAAAUGUUGUGCUUGAUCGGAACCGCCUGCCUCUGGCUGCCGUUGUUGGCGGAGGUGGUGGCUGAGGACAGUUACUUAAACGAGGUGCAGAACUCAGUGCCUCUGUCCUGCUCUGAGGGAUUCACAGAGUUGGGAUACUACAACGGCACCGUGUCUCAGACGGACUCUGGCGCCCCCUGUCUGAAGUGGACCGAGUUUCCAGACUACGUCAUGCAGUACCCGGGCCGAGGGCUGGGUGACCACAGCUACUGCAGGAACCCAGACCGGGAGUCCAACCCCUGGUGUUUCUUCAGACAGAACUCUGGAGCCAUCGGAUGGGCCUACUGCGACUGCCACCAGGGCGCAGCGCGUCUGGUGGGCAGCUCGACCUCUGGCAGCGGGCGUGUUGAGGUGUAUCUGAACGGCCAGUGGGGGGCGGUGUGUGACUCCCACUGGUCCGACAGAGACGCCAGUGUGAUCUGUAGGCAGCUGGGCCUCAGUGACAUCGGCGCGGCGCUGCAGCAGUCUCAGUUCGGCUCCGGCUCCGGCCUCUUCCACUACGAGCGCCUGGGUUGCCGCGGGGACGAGAACACCGUCAGUAAAUGCCAGAGCCGGACGUUCGUCACCGGCGACUGUAGCCACGGAAACGAGGCAGCGGUGGUGUGUGCGCCACCGGAAGGCAGCGGACCUCCGCUGCGAUUGGUCGGAGGCGAGGAAGACUUCGAAGGUCGAGUGGAGGUGUUUCACGCAGGAAGGUGGGGCUCCGUCUGUGACGACCAGUGGGACGACAGAGACGCUGAGGUGGUGUGCAGACAGCUGGGUUUCGGGGGUGUGGCGAAGGCCUGGUCGUGGGCUCACUUUGGUCAGGGGUCAGGCCCGAUCCUGUUGGAUGCUGUGAAGUGCACGGGAAACGAGCUCUUUCUGGAGCAGUGUCCCCAUGGAGACUGGGAGCAGCACAACUGUGACCACAUGGAGGAUGCUGGGGUCUCCUGCAGCCCUUAUACAGAUGGUGUGGUGCGUCUGGUUGGAGGAGACAGUCCCUGGGAGGGUCGGGUGGAAGUUCUCCACAACGGUGACUGGGGGACGGUGUGUGACGACCGCUGGACCCUGCAGCAUGCAGAGGUGGUCUGCAGACAGCUGGGCUACAGGGGUCACGCUGAGGUUGUAUCAGAUGGGAUGUUCGGCGAGGGCAUCGGUCUGAUCCUCCUGGACGACGUCCACUGUGAGGGAUCGGAGACCUCCCUGCUGGACUGUCCGCACGGGAUCUGGGGCCGCACCGACUGCUCACACAGUGAGGAUGUUGGUGUUCGCUGCAGGAGACAAUCCAGCCAAGAAACCAAUGAAGUGCCGGUUAUCGCACCUUCCACGGGUCCCCUGGUGCGUCUUGUGGGUGGCAGCAGCAGAAAGGAGGGUCGGGUCGAGGUGUAUCUCCAUGGUGACUGGGGAAGUAUUUGUGACUCGGGCUGGAACGACCUGAACGCAGCCGUGGUGUGCAGACAGCUUGGACACAGCGGUGGAGCGGUGGCAGCCGGAGGGUUCGGUCAGGGGAAAGGGCCCAUCCACCUGGACCAGGUGAGGUGCACAGGGAAGGAGGAGUUCCUGGGAGAGUGUCCGUGUCUCGGUCAGAGCGUCCGGGGCUGCAGACGCAGGGUGGACGCAGGAGUCAGGUGUGACGUCACGCCGUGGGAGUCAACGGUCCAGGCCAAGCCCCAAGAGCUGAGCUGUGGGCUGAGGAAGCUGGGGGAGGAGGAGGGCAAGAGGAGAAACCAGGGCGAGGAAAACAUGCUCAGCACCACGUGGCCGUGGCAGGUGUCAGUGUGGCUUCAGUCUCAAGAAGAGCAUGGCGGUCCUCUCUGUAGCGGCACUCUGAUCAGCCCCUGCUGGGCCCUGACGUCCGCCUACUGUGUCAGCAGGUUUGGCAGCGACCCGUCCAGGUACGUGGUGCGUGUCGGGGCUUCGGCGCAGACUCUCACCCCGGAGCAGGUGGUGGUUCACAGGAAGUUCAAGGGUCAGAGCGGCGGUCACGACCUGGCUCUGCUGAAGCUGCCCAGCACCAAGGGUCACUGUCUGACUUUUGACCCCGACACCAACGCAGCGUGCCUUCCCGGUGUGGACGCAGCAUCGGGAGGGACGACUCCAUCUUCUUGCAUUGUCAUGGUCACUGCUGGCUGGACAGGACCAGACUCAGUUCUUGCAUCCUGGGUCCCUCUGAUGUCCUCAUGGCAAUGUAAGAAGCGCUACGGCGACAGCUUCUCCAGCCACGGCACCCUGUGCGCUGGCAGCCCGCCAGACACCAGCCUCCUCCAUGACGACAGCUGUCAGGGCAACUCUGGAGGCGGGCUGGUGUGUCAGCGGGAGUCGGGUCGGUGGGUCCUCACCGGGGUCGUCGCCGGAGGCUACGGCUGCGACGGCCCCUCGUCUCCCGCGCUCUACACUCGAGUCAGCCGCUUCAGGAGCUGGAUCGAGGAAGUCACCAACGCACGAGCACAUCCGGAGGAACCGACCGCACACACGGACACGCAAGAAGAUCUGACACGUGUUGACAAUGACCUAACACACACACACAAGGAACACACACACGGCGAGGGCAAGGAUGAAUACUUCCACGUGCACGGCAAGCUCAAACACGCACACAAUCAGCAGGAAACAAACAAAAUCAAUGAUCUUAAACAGAAACACAGUCAUCAUUCACACACCAACCCGCACGUUAACACACAUGCCCAUCACGUAGGGGAUGCCGACACAAACACACAAGUUCUGGUCUGAUUGAGGCCGUGCCAUUGGCUUACCAUCUGUGCCAUGUGACCCCCUGAGGAGGAGGAAAAGAGGGUUUAAAGGAAGACAAAAGUCAACUUUAAAAGAAAAGAAAGAUGCUUCUAACUUAGGUCAGCACAAACGGCCGUCUCUGCUCAUUUCAAAAUCUGAACUCAGUGUUGUGUUUGCGGUUGCUAAUCGUCGGACGAGUACAGCGGCGUGGGCAGACCUUCCCGAAGCUGCCAGGGUGGCAGAGUGUGUGGGUGAGUUGUGGUGCUUUACAUGUGAGUUACAGCCUGUUGAGAAGACGAGCGGUGACUGAUGGGGUCGGCAACGUUUAGGUUGAGCCUGGCAUGCUGAUCGGGGGCCUUUCACCCAAUAUCUGAAUAUCAAAAAAAAAAAAAAAUCAGCAUGGCAUGUAUAUUAAGGAGAAUCGUGUUAAAAAAAAUAUUCCGGGGAUAUUUCUAAGAUGUUCACACAAGAAUCUAUGCUAAAAAUUCACCCAUUAAUGUGUGUCUUCUGUGUGUCUAAUAAUACAAAUCAUCAAACUAACCGCCAGAACAUCUAGAAUACAGGCUGGCUGAAUAUCAUCAUUGUCCCUCCAAUAUUAUUAACUUAGAUUAAACCCCAAACUCCUUCAUCAGACGUCACCAUUCAGAUGUUCCAACAGGGCUCGUCUCUUCAGGCUGUUGUCUUAUACGUUUACUGGUGAAAGUGCUGUUUAGACCUUUGAUUAAGCUAUUUUACUCAGGACCAUACCGGUUAUUCUUCAUGUUUUAGUGUAUUUAUUCCCAUUACUCAUGAUGUAUACGCUACUGCUGACUGUUUUUCAUCAAAAAGUUAAUUCAAUUUGUUAAAGUGCAGAACCUACAACCCUUAAACACAACCGGGCUUUCAAUCUAUAGUAUAAUGUGCAUUGUUUUCUUUACAAAAAGCUUUAACAUGUUUAUUAAUGGUUAAUAAAUUGUUUACCAUUAACUUAUAGAUCAGUUAUAAGUGUUUAAUAAGAGCAGCUUUUGAGUUGCCAGGCUUUUCAUUAACAUUCACUAACUUAUUCAAAACAGAUCUUUGUUAAUGACUUACUAACAUUAAUAAUGGCAGGAUUGAUAUUAAGAAGUAACACUCUGAAUAAUGACUCGCCAACCAGAUAAAACCAGCAAACCAAAAGCAAUAAUUUAUUAACCAUGAAUAAAGUCAUUACUUACAAUUUACAUAAUCCCUUUAUAAAGGUCUUAUUAGAAAGUGGCAGCGUUCAACACUUACAUUAAAGUCACAAUUAAAUCCACACAAGAGAGCAUAACGUUAUUAAACCCCCUUUAAAUUUUAUUAUUCUCAAAACUAUUCCCUGACUUUCCAGGAAACUGUUGGUUUCCAUUGAUUUCACACGACUCCUGAAACUUGAAUCUAUCACAAUAAAUGUUAAAUCAGCAUUUAUUUUCUGUCAAAGUCACGUUAUUGUUGAGAGCCUUCUUUCUCAGAUCAAUUAACCUGCGUUACCUCACAACAAUGAUGGAGAAAAACAUCCUGCUGACGUGAUGAAUUACACAACUCAAGAGUCUGAUAAUUGAUUUCUAUUCCAGAGUUUGCCUGGAAAAAUACUGAAACAGGAAAAUAUGAUUUCAUCAGCAGUUAUGUUAAGUGUAUAUCAUUUGUAAAGGGCCUAAAACAUCGGUAUGGUCCUUCUAAACUGUACAGAAUAACUCCUUUUCAAAGCCAUUGGAAGCCGACCGUCGGGUGGUAACAUAUCUUUUUGUACUGAUUCCAGCAGCUGGCUCUAGAUAGACGGACAGAUGAAUAGACUACUGUUCCUGACAUUAGAUAGUGUGUGUUGCUGCAUUCAUUCUUGACUGACUUAGAUAGCCCAAACUCCUGAAGUUAAAUGUUGUCUGUUCUGUUGUAUUCUAAGCAGAUGUGCGAUCUAACCAGAAGAUGGCGACAUUGUUCUAUUUUCACAGGGCUCGUUGGAUAACACGGCCCUGAUGGUUCUUUUUAUACUGUUGCUAUAUGUGUGUACGGACUUGACUUGUGCUUUUAUGUGCUGUGAACCAUUGUGUCGUGACGCAUCUCUGUAACCUGCGACUGCUGUUUCUCCAAUAAGGACCUGUCCUGUAAUCCUGUACAUUAACUCAAAUCCUUUCACGACUCCUUCCUUCCUGAGAAUCGGUGUUGUAUCAUGCAGAUCCUGUAGGUUAAUGUAAAUACUGUACGUUUGUGGCUGGACGAUGAGGGAGCAGUGUAAAGUGUGUACGGCCUACUUUACCAUGUGUUGAACUAGUCCCUUCGUGUAAUGUGCUGAAUCAUGAGUAUUAAACGAUAUACCUGGUGAGAACAA